CUGCAGCAUCGCGUCCCGUCCACAACGGAAGACGCACCAAGCAGCAGGCCAUCGUGCCCAUUGUGCCGGAGCAGACCACAGCACACACCAUUUGCCCUUCCCGCCAUUUCCUUCCAACAGUCGAUUGCGCAAAAGAAGAGGCCUCAUGUGUGGUCUUGCCCUACGCAGCUCAUCGACAUUGUCGAUAAAAUUGGCGGGAAACAGUGGGCUUGGCUUGACUGGCGAAUGCGCUCCUCGUUGACUAUAAAUAUCUGGAGCUGUGCAGUGACCCGUUGUGAUUGUGUGUUGUGUGUUCUACGUUGACG